ACCUCCUCCGUUACGUCACGACACGGAAGUGCAGUUUGUCGAGCCUAGCUCGUCAUUGCAUUUCUGCGGGAAAUUCGAAAGUACAAGCGAGAUGUCAGCCUCUGAACCAGUCCAACUGGGUCGAAAACGAACCCUACCCCCCUGCCCGAACCCCCUGUUCCUCAAGUGGCUCACCGAGCUAAGGGACGAGGCCAAGGAGAAAGGCCUGAAGAUCCAGUACACUUACCAGAAGGCAAUCAGCUCUCUGAAUAAAUAUCCACUUCCGCUUCGGGAUGCCAAAGAGGCCAAGAUACUGCAAAACUUUGGAGAUGGGAUAUGCAAAAUCCUGGACUCUAAACUGCAACAAUACUACAGAGAACACGGUCAGGAUAGUCCUGUUUAUACUCCCCAUGAAAGAGCACUGCCUCCUGACAGGUCAGACAACAAGAGGCCAGAUCCCAGCAGAAAGAAAGAUGCUAAGGAUGAUAAAGGAGGAGGGAAGAAGAAGAAGAAGAAAGAGUAUGUGCCCCAGAAAGGAUCCGGAGGUUAUGCUGUCAUGCUGACACUUUAUAGACAGUCGCAGAUGCCAGGCAGUAAAGGCUUCAUGUUCAAGAUGGAGCUGCAGGCCCAGGCACAGCAUCUUUGUGAUAAAUCAUUCACAGUGCCUGACCUUGGUAGCAAGUACACGGCCUGGUCAUCAGUGGCCACGCUGGUGCAGAGGAACCUGCUGCUGAAGACCCACAGUCCCGCACGCUACUCUUUGACACAGGAAGGUCUGUCUUUGGCACAACGUCUGGCAUCAUCAGAACCAGGUUCGAAAGCAGGUCCACACGUGCUUGGCGAUGAGGAGGAAGGUGGUCCGGCAGUUGUUGACCUCACUGCUAGUGGAGAUGACGAUGACGAUUACGAUGAUGAUGACAAUGAAGAGAAGGAUAAAAUACGGCUGGCUGAGCCAAGAAGCAAGGUGCUGAGCGGAGGACGUCUCCUACCCGGAACCUAUGAUAUUGUCCUCUGUGUCGACUUCAUUGAGACGACGGGCGGCAGCCAUCAUCGCAAACAUGAGCUAGUCAAAGAGCUCCAGAGGAACGGUGUCAAAUUUGACGUCAGGAAGCUUAACGUUGGCGACUUCCUGUGGGUGGCCCAGGAGAAGGUUGCCCUUGCGUCAGCUGCAAGCAAAGAGCUUGUCCUUGAUUUCAUCAUCGAGAGGAAGCGGAUGGAUGACCUGUGUGGCAGCAUCAUUGACGGACGCUUCAGGGAGCAGAAGUUUCGCCUGAAGAGGUGUGGCCUACGGAGGCCCAUCUACCUGGUGGAGGAACAGGGGAAGGCGGCGUCACACUUGAGCCUUCCUGAAAAGACGCUGCAGCAGGCCAUCAUCAACACGCAGGUGGUGGACGGCUUCUUCGUCAAGAGGGUGCACGACGUGAAGGAGUCAGCGGCCUACCUCAGCAUCAUGACGCGACACCUCACCAAAGUGUACCAGAACCGCACGUUGGUGUGCCGCUCCCGGGAGCUGGAAGGUGACCCCGACCGCGAGGACGACACUCCCUCCUGCUCGCUCAUGUCUUUCGCAGAAUUUAACUACGGUGCCAUCAAAAACAAGAGUCAGACAGUGCGAGAAGCUUUUGCCAGACAGCUGAUGCAAGUGAGUGGCCUGUCUGGAGACAAAGCGGCUGCUAUCCUGGAGAAUUACAGUACUCCACAAAGUCUCUUGAAGGCAUAUGAAAAAUGCAAAAGCGAAGCAGAGAAAGAGAAGCUGCUGUCCACCAUCCAAUACGGAAGGCUCAACAGGAAUUUGGGUCCAGCUUUAAGUCGAACUCUGUACCAGCUGUAUUGUAGCAAAGGAGUGCUGUCCUAGAUUGUUCAAGAUGAAGGAUUCAUGAAGACGCUAACAUGCUGACUGUAAAAUGUUGUGAUGAUCCAAGACGGAGUCAUGUGACGUAUUGCAACAGUUUAAUCUCUCAUCUCGACACCAAACAGUCAAACAAGAAGCCUGAUCAAAGCACAACAAUGAAGAACAAUCAGGAACAUGUCGACUCCUUUAUAGUGGAUGAGGAACAAUAUUUUGUCCGUUGCCCUGGUCCCUCAUGACAAAUUCACUUAUUUACAUACAGGAAUAGAAAAACAAUUUCUCUGAAUAUGUAAGUGCAAUUUUUUUCAGUGCACGCAGCCUCCAAGGUGGAACCAUCAUGGAAGCAGCGUGAUUGAUUGCAGAGAGCAAAGAGGACAAGAUGGUACCACAACUUAUAAAGUCCUCUUGUGAGGACGUCUCUCCGAUGGUCCCAUCUGACAGUGAGACGGCAUUCGUACGCGUUCACCUCCUCAGCUGUGUCCGCUUUAAUGUUCACAGGAGGUCAAAGGUCCUUCAAACGACUCCAAGCAGUCCUGUGACAGCAAAGUGAGAAGCUGUUCUUUUUUCAUGCAGAGUCCGAGUGAGGGCACUGCAGCCCGGCACUGCCUUUAGUCGGGCAUGUCGAUGCACAGUUUGGACGGGGCGACAAAGUAUUUGCCAGGACUCUGUGUGAUCACCACACCUGUCUUCUUAUGGAACAUAGGGGCAAUUUUGGGGGGCGGCUCAGGAACAGGGGGGUCCUCCGCAGCCUCAGGGUCGUCACUGCGUUGGAGGUCGUACGAGACGUUGCCAUACUCUCGCAGAAAGGGUAGGAGCUCCAGCAGAAAGUGGCAAAAGUCUUUGCGUAUGCCAAACCACCCUAUUAGGACAGACAGCGGGAAAAAAUUAUUUGGUGAUUAAACUAUUUGUUUUAAGUCAUUCGGAAGUGUGGUUUAUACUCACAGUGGUUUCCUCCCUUCUGCCCAAAAGUGGUGACCAUGAGUGUGAGCAGCGAGAGCCACAGUGGCACGAAGAUGCACACGUGGCUCAAACUGUUGUCAUUGUCCAGCUUGUGCACCAGUAGGAUCUGAGAGAGAAUGUUAUGUCAACGCCACAAAAAAAGUUAAACGUCUGUACCAACCCCUUCAAAAGUCACCUCGAAGGUGAGGAGCGGAACCACGAUGGUCAUCCAGCUGAUGGCCAUGGUGAUGUGAGUCCGCCGCUGCUCGGCGAUGAUGUCGAUGGAGCGGAGGAAAAGGACCGACCAGAUAAUGUAGUAGAGGACGACGAGACACAGGAAGGACAUGAGGAUCCACAGUGGCACACACACCACCUGCGCACACACCCCCAUGACUCUAGAUGAUCCUUGUACAGACGGAAAUGUCAUCUCAUGUACUCACCAGCCAAGGCCAGCCGAUGAUGCCGUCCAACUUCAGAGCGAUGAAGAUGAACUGAAGAAUGUUCACUGAGCAAAACACCUCCAGCUGAGGAGGAGUGAAGAAAGGCCUUGUUAUUCCUUCAUCCUGUGUGGACUUUCUAGAUCAUUCUACAUUAUGGUGAUGUGACUUACUUCCAGGGAGCGGUCAUGUCUAAAUCCCCAGACACACGCUGCAACGGAGACAGGCGAAACAAAGAAGAGAGGCAUGAAGACAAGGAGCCAGAAGUUUCCGCUUUCCCUCGCCACCCGGUCACACACCAACACCUCAAACAUGAGCAAGAGGACAUGGAGGCCCACAGCAAUCAGCAUGGCCUUGAACUCCACGCACGUCUCACCUUCAGCCCUGACAGAAAAGGACAUGUCAUGCCUGCUUGCUUGUCCUGCAGAAACCGCCACACUACCUGUACUGAGGGUUGUGUGCCCACACUCCGGCGCCCACUGAGGCCCCGAUGAUUACUAGCACUUUCCACAGCCAUAUUGGCGUGAACACUGCCCAGUAGCUCCAGUGGAUGACUCCAUCCAGCCUCAGGGACAACAAGACAGAGAAAAGUAGCAGGCACAAGUAGAUCAGGAACUUGCUGCAGAGAGAAUACACUGAAGAUGUUGACAACAGUACAAGUAUCAACCAACGUAAAGAAAUAGAUUAGCACAUGAUUAUCCUUCAUAGCCUGGCUGGAACUCACAAAACGACAGAAACAGUUGCUGCUACAAAACUUAUUUAACGAGAUGUACUUAGACUAGUACUGUCAAAUGUUAGCUACGCAGCAUUUGACAUCGGUGUCGUACUGGUAUUUCAGAUAGCUCAAAAUACUACUAAAACUACAAACUUUUUAACUUUAUCGGCAAGUUCCCGCCGCGUUAUAUUUGGUAUUUGUUCAAUAGCUAGCAUUCUGAUGUUUAAUGUCCAGACAAUCAGCAAUUAGCCGCUAACUCUACUCGGUGCUACUCGCUGAGCCAAAGCUCACUAGCAUUCAUCAUUACCUGGGAUUAAAAUCCUGAAAGAGUCCCCUUAAAUUCAUGGUUCACGAAAUGUUUACACCAUUGCCUCAUUUGGUGGCCAUCUAUUCGAGUGAGCGAGUUUUAAAAAAAAUACAUUUUCUUGCUAGCUGUAGCUUGUUUUGUUUUUUUCCCCCUAAGGCUUCACCGGAAAUGGCGUCACAGUCGCACACCAACAAGUGCUUCCGUUCGUGGGAUUUUUUUUGGUUUGGAAGUGACAUUACUACGGAAUUACAUAGAAAACAUACAUACUGUACAAAUAUGGCAUCAGGGUUUAGUAUAUUUACCGAAAGGAAUAAUGUUAAAACAGGCUGUUGUAAAAAACAGAAAACGCAUAUAAAUAAAUGACAGACAAACCCUUACCUACACAACAAAAAUAUAAACUCAACACUUGUUUUUGCUCCCAUUCUUCAUGUGCCAAACUCAAACAUGUACAACUUUUUCUUUGUACACAAACGGCUUAACUCUCUCAAAUGUUGUUCACAAAUCUGUUGGUGAGCAUUCACAAUUUCUAAACUAUCCACCUCACAGGUGUGGCAUCGAGAUACUGAUUAGACGUCAUGCUUAUUGCACAUUAUUGUGUGCCUUAGGUUGGUCAUCUGCUAUCUGCUGUGACCACCAUUUGCCUCAAAUAUCUGUAUCCGGGUGCUGCUCACUAAAUGACAAUAUGACCAAAAACUUGAUUUAUAUCAGUAAUUUCAUUCAAAAAGUGCAACUUGUGUAUUAUAUACAUUCAUUACACACAGGCUGUUAUAUUCCAAUUUGCAUCAUUACCAGUAUUACCCCAGACGUCCCUCCACAUGCUUCAACUGGUGCAGAAUUCUGCUGCCCAGAUUAUAACCAGAACCCUCUCAUUCCAUCAUAUCAUACCCAUCCUGCAGCAACUACACUGGCUCCCUGACACGAACUGAAUAGAUUACAAACACUUUAUCUGAUUGACCUCCACCACAUUGCCACCCCGUGCCCUCAGAUCUUCCUCUUGUAUUCCCUCUGUCCAGCACCAUUUGUUUUGUCUGUAUCUUGUCGAGUGUCCUUGAGUUUUUAGAAAAGCACUUAUAAAUUACAUUUAUUUUUAUUAUUGAAUUGGAUUUUUAUUUGUGAAUUCAUAAAGACUCACCUGUUUUUGCUCUAUGUUUUUCAGUUCUCUUUAUUUUCACAAAUAUCUGUGUGUGUUUUUUUGUGAUGUUCAACUAUAUUGUGAUGUUGUAUAGUGUUAUAUAGUUUACAAACAAAAUAAGUUGUUGGACUCGGGAGGACAAAGGAUUUGAAUGCGAGACAAUAGUAGUGUUUGCUUUUCUUUACUUAUUUUGCAGUAUUUACUUUAUUUUGCUCAAACAAUUGUAUAUA